AAAAAUCUGGUAUAGCGACACCAUCUUGAAUAACUUAUAUUCCUUUUUUCAAGAAGCGUGGUGUCGAGUGGGGUCAGUGUGAUCAACCAUAAUGACAAUCAAGAUUUUCCUGGGCAAUUUGAGCUCUGAAACCACAUCUGACAAGAUUCGACCUUUGUUUGAGAAAUAUGGACAAGUAGUUGAAUGUGAUGUUCUUAAAAAUUUUGGAUUUGUGCACAUGGUCAACAAAAAUGAAGCCAAUAAAGCCAUUGCACAGUUAGAUGGUUACAGUGUUGAUGGAAAUAACAUCCGUGUAGAGCUAUCGACCGGAAAGAAAGGUGGCGGCGGCGGUGGCGGAAAAUUCGACAAGAAAGGGUUUGGAGGUAAUCGUAAUCGUCCAUAUGGACCUCCACAAGGCAGAGGUGAUCCACGGGAUUAUGAUCGGUACCCAUAUCCACCUCCCCCACCAGCUCCCUAUGAUCGCUAUGACCCCUACUAUCGCUAUUACAUGGAAAGAGAAGCAUAUUAUGCACGCAUGGCUCCUUUGCCAGGUGACAGAGGAUAUCCUCCAGCUGCUGCAAGAGACAGAUAUCUUCCAGUUCCUCCCCCUCGUGACCGUUUAGCUGACAGAUAUGCCCCUGACCCAAGAGAGAGACUUAUGCCACCAAGGUCUUACAUGGAUGAGCGUUCACGUGGUAUUCCUGAUCCAUAUCUUAGAGAAAGAGAUCCUUUGGCUUCAAGACCACCACCAGAAUAUUAUGACAGGAAACCAAUGGGCGCAGGGCGUGGUGUUGAGCCAUCCGGUGCUGCUGGUGCUGCAACAGGUAGAGGAGUAGGUGCACCAGGCGCUUAUGGCAACGGAGUUGGUGGAGACUUUUACCGUAACAUGGACAGACCAGGAGUGGGAAUGGGAGGUGCUGCUGGGGGAGCUGGUGACUUUUUCCGCCAAGGAAGCAAUGUUGGUCAACAAAACAGUUAUGGACGACCGGGAAUGGGUGGAACAGUUGAAAGAUUACAUGGUAGAGGAGUCAGUUACACAGGAAGAUGAGAUCAACUCAACAAGACAAGGACUUUUCAAUAUCUCAGUCUUUAUAUUACUUCUUAAAUUUGUAGAUAUAUUCCAAUGGAUCAAAGAGAAAGCUUAAGAAUUCCUUUAGUACCUGUUUACCAAUCAUGUAGAAAGUCUUCCUUUUUAUGUAAAAGUCCAAACUAAUUGUUUUAGAUAUUUGUUAGGAAUUUUAAACCAGCUAAGUACUUUUACUCUUGAUUGCUGUACUAUAAAUAUGCUCUCAUCUCAUUGUUUAACCAUUACAAAAAAUGUUGUGUGUGUGUGUGUAAUUGUUUGUGGCAUUCAUUUUGGAAAUCUAUUUUGUUAUACUUUAGUGUCAAUCAUUUGUUCACCAAUCAUUCUGAGUUUUUAGUCAUUAAAUGAUCACUUUUUUUAAAUAAAAGGC